UCUUAUGUUAUUUAAAACUAAAAGGUAACAUAAACAGAAAAAGUAAGCGUCAUUUAUAGCGUCGCACCUUGGUAGGAUAUCGUCAAGAAACAAUCAGAAAUCACAGAAAGAAAUUAAAAUUAAACUAUCUUUGUGAGAAUGGGCCGAAAACGAAAAGUUCCUUUAGCUGCAGGCGAAGAAAAAGAGAACGAGCUUCAAAGUACUAGCACAUCCACGCACAACACAUCAUUAAUUAACAAUGGGCCAAUAUAUACCAUUAUGUCUAAAAUACAACUUAAUGAAACAUAUCACAAGAAAUAUAUAAAGGAACUCCGACAAAUUUACGGAAAAAUGGACCACGAUGCGUUCAUUUACACAUUUAUAAAAAUGAUCAAAUCGGCCAUGGUUGCAGAUGAAACUAAUGAAUUCGCUCAUACAACCCUCUUAUUUUGCGCAAAAUUUGUUGGUUCCUUUGAGGGAGAUGAAACACACCCGCUAUUGGCUGAUACGUGUCGGUGGCUGUUGACUACUAUUUCUAAUAAUCCACAUGUACGGUUCCGACUGUGUCAGUUUGUUAAUAUGAUAUUGAAUGCGUUGGGACAGGAAGCGACAUUGGACGAUGUUAUAUGUGAUAAUAUCUUGGAGUAUAUGGUUGGUCGAUUGGUAGAUGUUGCACCCAGUGUACGUGUUCAAGCAAUACUCGCUAUGCAGCGUUUGCAAGUCCCAGACAAUCCAGACGAUCCUGUGUUACGUUCAUAUCAAUAUCAUUUGUGCUCUGAUCCAUCACCUCGAGUUAGGCAAGCGGUUAUUACAUGUAUGGGACGGAAUUAUCACACAAUUCCCUAUAUUUUGGAUCGUUUAUGGGAUAUAGAUGAUAAAGUGAGACGACAUACGUAUUUACACAUGAGUAGUUUUCCAGUCCGAUCAUAUAAGGUCUCACAACGUCUAAUGUUACUGGAACAAGGAUUGAAUGAUCGCAAUGAAUCAGUCCGAAAAGUAGUAACUACUAUUAUGUUGCAGCAGUGGAUUGAAUCGUAUCAAAAAGACAUAGUGGGAUUGAUUGGUGCCCUGAAAUUAGACUCAAAUGAGAAUGAAUUGAAUCGUUUCCGUAGAAUUGGAAAACAAGCCCUAAGCGAAAUUUUUAAGAGGCAGACCAAAGAGGAGCUUGUUGUUUGUCUUCCUUUAGAAACUGAAGGUGAAUUCUACCGCUGCGUACCUCACGAUAACCUUAACAUUGAAACCGCAUUCUAUUGGCAAUGCCUAACAGAGCACCUCUAUAACGAGAUGGCAGAAGAAAUAGACCUCAUAAUACCAGAAUUAAGCGUAUUCUGUUCCUAUAUAGACGCUUAUUGCAGAACCCGAAAACGUGAAAUGGAUAAGUUCGAAGCAAUGGAAUUUCAGUACAUUUUACUUUCACUAAUGGAAAUACUACAUAUGUUUGACUUGGGUGAUGAAAUUGGAAGGGGUAACUUGCAGAAUCUCUUGGAGAAUUUGUUGAAGAACUACAGCUUGGACGAGAAAGUAGUCGAGAUCAUCGUAAAAUGCGCAGAAAACCUUAUGACUAAUCAGGAUACUCGUCAUCAGUUCUUUUUAGAUAUCAUCAAUGACAUAUGUGGUUUAAGUGCUAAGCAACAGGAUUUAGUGCAUGAUCGAAAUCUUAUAAGCGAAUUGCUGGCCAACUCUACUGAUGCUGCUUUAAACCUUAAAUUGUCAUCAUUGAAAGUUAAAAUAUUAGAUUUAGAAGAACAAGAAAUGAACUACGUUCAAAUGAAGGAUUAUGUCCGAGCACAACAAAUAAUUGAAAUCAAAAAUACAGUAACUGAAGAGUUUACAAAUUUACUUCGCCCGUUGUUAGAUAAGCGCAAUGGGGAAUACGGUAACGAAAUUCGGCCACAAUUUUCGAAAGUUGUGAAAAAUGAAUGUAUUUUAAGAAGCCUGCAAAUAACAUAUUACAUGGUGGUUUCCAAACGUGUCCAAUCGCUGGGUCACGCAACUUGUCGCCUCUAUAACGACUUCAUAUUCAGGAACAUAGCUUCUAAUCAAAUAGCUAUUCGCGAUUGGGCGCUAAAGUGUGGGGCUGCUUUUAGUAUGUUGUACGAACCUCUGGCUAAGGACGUUUUUGAUGAGUUAUAUGCUCAGUUCUUCAAAAAUCAUAAUAUUCGCAUAUGGGAAACCGCAAUUUCUUGCAUAUUCGAACUUUUGGAUCGUUAUGGUGUAGAUAACUUUGUAGUUCAAGAAGAACAAAACAAAUCUAAAAAAACUGGGCGGCAGUUGUACAACACUCUGGAAUUUAUUGAUGCUGAUGAAGAUACCGUACAUUCUGCAACAUUGGGCCAAGGUGUCGGUGUUAUUUACAUGAUGUCUCACUUUUUGGAUACUUGCGAUGAUAUGUGUAUAGUAAGAGCUAUUAUUGAUGGUUUCUGCAGAUUAGUGUUGCAUGGUCAUAUUGAUAAUCGUGACAUAAUGGAAAAGUUACUAAUUCGCUAUUUUAAUCCAGCCACUGAACCACAAAUAAAUCAAAUACUGAGUGUAUUUCUUGAGAAUCUUAUACAAAAUAGAAAGCAACGGCUGUUGCAACCGUGUAUAAUAACUACAGUUAAUUCCGUGCUGUCAGCUCCAUAUGAUAGUCCUCUACAUGAUAUACGCCCUGAGACAAUUACCCAUUUCAUCAUAGACACAACUCGCCCUGAGGCACUUUCCGCAGGACCAACCAAGGAAAACUCACACAAUGCUUUAGCCUUAACAUUCUUGACAGAAAUGGUAAAUAAUCCGAACAAUAAAGAACUCUGUAAAUUACUGGCAAAGGACUUGCUAAGCCUCGAUGUAAAUUUAUCAAGCGACGAACAACUUAAAAAUGAGAUGAAAGAUCUAGCUGAUAAAGUUAUUCAGAAUAAAUUUGAUCCAAAAACAGUAAAGAAUGUUAUUGAUUUCAAAGAUCUUCUAGACGGUGUAUUUAAUCCUCAUCCAAAACGAUUGGAUGUGGACUUAGUUUCCGAUGACGAGGAGGAAGGCACAAUCGAUUCUUAUGUUGAUGAUAAUAUUUCGGAUAAGCAAAAACAUUGCGAAACUGUUGUGGACGGCUUCACGGAAAACCAAGCGUCAGAAGAAAACAAUGAUACACUAACGGAUGUUCCCGUUUCAACCUCAGCAAUUAAUAUUACAACUACAUUUGGAAGUGAAAAUCGCACCGUACACAAUCUUCUUCGAAGAUCAAGACAGUCGCGUAAUGAUUCAGUUGAUAGUACUCAGUUAACAUUUAAUGAAAAUGAAACGAGACCAAACAAAAUUCGAAUUGAAGCACGUAUUGACUCUGAUAAAAAAGUAGGGGAAUCUUUGUCCAGAAAAUCUGAUCGUUCAAAUACUUGUGUUCGUCGAAAUCUCCGUUACAAUAAAAAAUCAAACAAUGUCAACAAACAAAAAGAACCAGAGACAAUCAUAGAAAUGAUUUUGACAAGUCCAGUUAAACUACCGCCAGUGACAAGCCAGCGCACCACUACUACUAUGGAGAAGCAGACAACGGAGAAAAUCUCCCAAAGUCUACUGAGUGCAAAAAAUUCAAAAUCGUUGACCGUAAAGCAGGCGGAAGACAAACGAGAAAAAGAAACAACUGGUGCCGAGUCCGCUAUGACUUCAGUAUCACAAACUCAUGAAGAAAUAAUUGUGUCAGUUGCCACAGAAUUAAUGGAGUCAACGGAAGAUUUGCACACAUCAGAUGUAAUACCUGCCUCGCCAACUGCCACAUGUUUAGAAAAAACAAUUCGCUUACGAGUUACAGAUUCCGUACGUUCGAUGCGCAGUCGUACUAACCGCAAUGAUUCACAAAGUAAUGGAAAAGUCGUGGAUUCUACUCCCUUGCGAAAUGGACGAAAAAGAGUAUUGCGAAAAUCCCCGGUACGUAAGACAUCGGCCGCUUCUGUGAACUUAUCGUCGCCUUUGCGAAAACAACCCUGCGUUAAAAUAGACACAUCGAAGUCAAUUGCAACAAAAACGCCAGCAAAUAAAGCCAACGAAAUUAUUGUUCAAAAUGAAACAACUCUUAUUGACCCAAAUGCUGGUGUUAGUCCUGCUUCGGACAAAGAAAACAAAAACAAUGAAGUGAGUUUGAAAUCAAGCGUUGAUUAUGUAACCCCAAGGCAUAAACGAGAAACCGGACCAACGAUAAAAACGGCGGAGGAGCAAAAACAAGGUCCAUUUGUUACAACCAGAAAUUCUGCAAAGAAACAGCUUAUUUCGAAAAUGAUUAUCACGAGAAAACGUUACUCUCAAGAAAACCUUACUUUGCUAAGUCCUGUGCAUAAGCCACAAGCGUAUAAAAGCCGCAUCCCCGUAAGCCGACAGCAUCCAGAUAUAAAAAAUUUCGUACCCACCUCAACACCUACAACGGCAGUAAAAAAGGCGUUUGCAAAAGGCCAGAGCUCACGCACGAAACGAUCGAACUUGUCUCUGGCUAUGAACCGUUUGCCGAGAAAACCAUCUUCAAAAAUGUCUAAAUCAACAAUUGCCUGACGUAAAUAAUGAUUUGUAUCGUUAAAAUUUAGUUUUAUACAUUCUAUAAAUAUAUCAAUAUUUUAGAUUGAUUGAGAUUAACUUCUAAAUAUUGUUAUAUCAAUACAUUUUUAAUAAAAAUUGAGUCAUGUAUGUAAUGUAGCACGAACAA